GCCCUCCCCCACACGCACUAAAUAAGGAUUAUAUCCGCUUUCAAGAAUCAUAAUGGUAGUAUAGAGAAUCACUCGCUUGUUAUUUUUCUUGAUCUGGGCUUUGGUAUUUUUCUACUCUUGUUUAGUUACAUUACAUCAACAGCGAUUUUGAGCUGGUGAGUUUGUUCAACUUGAAAGAUCGAUUCCAUGAAUUUACCAGGGUAAAGAUUUGGGCUUGGGGGUGAAGAUUGAGAAGUCAUAUCUGACAGCAUAGAAACUCAACUCUGGAGUCAUUUCAACUAUUUCUUUUGUGGGCUUUGGAAGGACAUGGGUAUUAUUUUAGUUUGAAAAGCUGAAAAGUAAGAGCGAUAUAUGAGUUUGGAGUGAAAGAGUUUGUGAAAGAUUUCAAGUUACUAUUUUGAUAUCAUUCCAAUUAUUGAUAUUGGAGAGGGAAGGAGAUAAGAAAGACAGAGUGUUCGUUUGUGGAUCUGAAGAACAGCUCAUUUCCCCUGAGGAAAUUGAACUCAACUUUUUUGACUUCUCUGACCUGAAAGCAGCCUAUCUUACCUUGUUUGUUAAUGGCGGAGGUGAAAUGUGAAGUAAUGUGUCUCUGUCGUUUGUGUUGUACAUAGAUCAUGUGCCAAACAGUGAAGUCUUGUGCUUGAAAAGAACUCUCUCUGCAGAUCCCAUUUAGAAUGGCUGUCAUGGUACCAUUUCUGGAACCUGAAUGCAAACUCAUCUCUGGUUAAAAACCAAGUUCUCCAAGAUUUCAGCGCUUUGACUGGAAAAAAAGAUGGCAAAAAUUGUUUCUUGGUUAAAAGGGUCUCAUCAAAAGCAAAUGUUCUGGUCAUUGUUUUAGAGAAAACAGUCAGCAAGUCAGCGGUGUUUGCAUGAGUUUCAUAACAACUUUAGUGGUGGGGCAGAGGGGCCCUAAUAAUACACCUCCAAUGUUUUCUUGUUGUUGGUGUUUGUAGACAGACAUUCAUAUAGUGCUUGAAUUGUGGAAUCUCUUACAAGGAUAGUUUUUAUUGUUUUUGGAGCUUUUGGUAAGAGAAACUGAGGAUAAUAUCUUAUCAUCUUGGGCUUAAUGAGUAGAGAUUUGAAGAAGGUGGGGAAACAGGAGAAGGGUUGUGAUGUGGCUGGGAAGGUUGUGGUGGCUGUUAAGGCAUCAAAGGAUAUUCCCAAGACUGCUCUGGUUUGGGCUCUGACUCAUGUUGUUCAGCCUGGGGAUUGCAUCACUCUUCUUGUGGUUAUCUCUUCACAUACCUCUGGUAGGAAAUGGGGCUUCCCAAGAUUUGCCGGAGAUUGUGCCAGUGGCCACAGGAGGUCACACACUGGCACAAGUGCAGAACAGAAAUCUGACAUAACAGAUUCUUGCUCUCAAAUGAUUCUUCAGCUUCAUGAUGUUUAUGAUCCUAAUAAAAUCAAUGUGAAGAUAAAAAUUGUCUCGGGAACCCCAUGUGGAGCAGUUGCUGCAGAGGCGAAGAAGAAUCAAGCUAAUUGGGUUGUUUUGGACAAACAGCUUAAACAUGAGGAAAAACGCUGCAUGGAGGAGCUGCAAUGCAACAUUGUCGUCAUGAAGCGCUCCCAACCAAAGGUUCUUCGGCUAAAUUUAGUUGGUUCACCUAGAAAGGAAGCAGAAUUAGCGAGUUCUGAGGAUAAGCAAUCAUCUGAAAAACAAGAGAACAGAAAGGAUCCUUCGAAUCCAACUCGUGGUCCACUUGUUACCCCAUCAAGUAGUCCUGAGACGUUCACAGCCACUGAAGCUGGAACCUCGUCAGUUUCAAGCUCUGAUCCUGGAACUUCACCUUUCUUCACAACUGACACAAAGGAUGGCCUGAAGACAGAGAAACUACUACUAGCUGCGAACCAAGAACGAGAUCAUGAUGAAUCCAGUUCGGACACGGAGAGUGAGAGUUUGUCUUCUUCCUCAAGUUUGAGGUUCCAACCAUGGAUGGCAGAGAUCGUUAGUUCACAUUGUCAAUAUUUGGAGCAUCUUGGGGAAAGUUCAGGGCGAUCUUAUACUAAUACACAAAAUUCUGCUACCAAAGCCUUGCUAGAAAAGCUCUCUAAACUUGAUGAUGAAGCAGGGUUUCGAUCACCAAGCUACCGGUCAAAUCUUGAUCUCAGUGGCAAUUUGAGGGAAGUUAUUUCCUUGUCGAGAGCAGCACCUCCUGGACCCCCUCCCUUGUGUUCUAUAUGUCAACACAAGGCACCUGUAUUCGGGAAGCCUCCAAGGUGGUUCACAUAUGCUGAGUUGGAGCUUGCCACUGGUGGUUUCUCGCAGGCAAACUUCUUAGCUGAAGGUGGCUUCGGAUCCGUCCACAGAGGAGUUCUUCCAGACGGGCAGACGAUUGCUGUCAAGCAGCACAAGUUGGCAAGUUCUCAAGGCGACCAAGAAUUUUGCUCGGAAGUUGAAGUUUUAAGCUGUGCCCAGCACCGCAAUGUUGUUAUGUUGAUUGGUUUCUGUAUUGAGGACGGCAGAAGAUUAUUGGUGUAUGAAUAUAUCUGCAAUGGAUCUCUUGAUUCUCAUCUCUAUGGACGCAAUCAGGAUACACUCUCUUGGACUGCCCGCCAGAAAAUUGCAGUUGGAGCCGCACGAGGAUUGCGGUAUCUUCAUGAAGAAUGCAGAGUUGGUUGCAUUGUGCAUCGAGACAUGCGGCCCAAUAACAUUCUUAUUACCCAUGAUUUUGAACCCUUGGUCGGAGACUUUGGUCUAGCUCGGUGGCAGCCGGAUGGCGAGAAAGGAGUUGAAACCAGAGUGAUCGGGACAUUCGGGUACUUGGCUCCCGAGUAUGCUCAAAGUGGUCAGAUCACAGAAAAGGCUGAUGUUUAUUCGUUUGGUGUGGUACUGGUGGAGCUCGUUACUGGACGUAAGGCAGUGGACCUUAACAGGCCUAAGGGCCAACAGUGCCUCACAGAAUGGGCACGGCCAUUAUUGGAAGCUUAUGCCAUUGAUGAACUGGUAGAUCCGCGGUUGGGAAGCAACUACUCAGAGAACGAGGUUUACUGUAUGUUGCAUGCUGCAUCGUUGUGCAUACGUCGGGAUCCUCAAGCAAGGCCUCGCAUGUCUCAGGUGCUUCGGAUACUAGAAGGUGAUGCUAUGGAUUCAAGCCAAUUGCUGGGACCUGGGUUUGAUGCAGGCAGCCGGAGCGGAAGAAUAUGGUUGGAUCACCAGCUACAACAUGAACAGCAUAGCGGCCCACUAGUGAACGAGUCGUCGGGACAAUUUAGCUCAAAGCAUUCUCUCAACUCAAGACAAAAUUUCAGGGAAACAGAGAAAGCCAAGAUCUGAUAUGUAAGCUGCCACUUUGUCAAGUCUGUACACAUUUCUUUAUACAUCAAGCAGUCAUUUUUUGUCUGAUGCCUUCGCGAUUUUUGCCUUGUGUAUAGAACUAGUGGUAUAAGUCUUGUGUAAUUCACUGAGAGAUGAAUCUGAUACCGAAAGUUGCACGACUAAAGUAUAUAUAUAUAUGUAUAUCUCUGGUUGGAUAGAA